AUGCCACCUGCAACAUUUUAUGCCACAUUUGGGGAAGAACACCUGCAACAUUUUAUGCCACAUUUGGGAAGCACCUGCAAACAUUUUAUGCCCCAUUGGGAAGCCCACCUGCAACAUUUAAUGCCCCAUUUGGAAGCCACUGCAACAUUUAAUGCCCCCAUUUGGGAAGCCACCUGCAAACAUUUUAUGCCACAUUUGGGAAGCCACCUGCAACGUUUUUAUGCCCCAUUUGGGAAGCCACCUGCAACAUUUUAUGCCACAUUGGGAAGCCACCUUGCAACAUUUAUGCCCCAUUGGGAAGCCACCCUGUACAUUUUAUUUUAUGCCACAUUUGGAAGCACCUGCAACAUUAUAUGCCCCCAUUGGGAAGCCACCUGCAACAUUUUAUGCCCCAUUGGGGAAAGCCACCUGCAACAUUUUAUGCCCCAUUGGGGAAGCCACUGCAAACAUUUUUUAUGCCACAUUGGGGAAGCCAUCUGCAACAUUUAUGCCCCAUUUGGGAAGCCACCUGCAACAUUUUAUGCCACAUUUGGGAAGCCACCUGCAACAUUUUAUGCCCCAUUGGGGAAGCCACCUGCAACAUUUUAUGCCCCAUUUGGGAAGCCACCUGCAACAUUUUAUGCCCCAUUUGGGAAGCCACCUGCAACAUUUUAUGCCACAUUUGGGAAGCCACCUGCAACAUUUUAUGCCACAUUUGGGAAGCCACCUGCAACAUUUUAUGCCCCAUUUGGGAAGCCACUGCAACAUUUUAUGCACAUUUGGGAAGCCACCUGCAACAUUUUAUGCCCCACUUGGAAGCCACCUGCAACAUUUUAUGCCCCAUUUGGGAAGCCACCUGCAACAUUUUAUGCCACAUUUGGGAAGCCACCUGCAACAUUUUAUGCCCAUUUGGGAAGCCACCUGCAACAUUUUAUGCCCCAUUUGGGAAGCCACAUUUAUGCAAACAUUUUAUGCCCCCAUUUGGGAAGCCACCUGCAACAUUUUAUGCAACAUUUGGGAAGCCACCUGCAACAUUUUAUGCAUUUGGGAAGCCACCAUGCAACAUUUUGA